AUGUCGUUGAUUCCUCGUUCCCGGGUUGUCGUCAAUGGAGUCCAGAGAAUGAGAACAUACCAUUUCUACUGGUGUCGCCAUUGCCAAAGAUCAAUCAGAACUACUACCACAAAUCCUUCUGAAAUCAUAUGUCCACGUUGUUUCGGGGAGAUUAGGCAUGAGCUUGAUGUUUCAAGGCCUAGGCUCCUUUCUGAAGGUCUCGCGAGGCCUGAAACAACCUCCGCUUCUCAAUUACUGGAUGCACUGGCUUUCAUGCUUGAUCCAUCAAUUAGGCAUCAAAAUCUUGAUGAAACUCAUCAAAGGCAUCGAGCACGCGUAAUAAUCCAAUUCAUAGGUCCUGAUCAGCCUCCAAGGCAUGUCCCCCAGUUGGGAGUCUUGGGACUGGGACAUGCCGUCUCUUCACAAACAAAUUCAAGGGAGGCAGCUUCAGAGGAAGGUUUGGAGGAUUUGAUUCAAGAGCUGACUCAAAAUGACAGGCCUGGACUGCCUCCUGCCCCUGCUUCGGCCAUUGAUGCCUUGCCAACAAUUGUUCUCACCCCAACUCAUCUAGCCAUUGAUUCUCAUUGUCCUGUUUGCAAAGAUGAGUUUGAGGCUGGGGAAGAAGUUAGAGAAUUGCCUUGCAAACACUUUUAUCAUUCUGAUUGCAUUAUUCCUUGGCUGCACAUUCGCAAUUCUUGUCCAGUUUGUCGUUACCAGAUCAGAGGUUUAUCUAAUAGCGAUUUCCGAGAAGAACAAGCUGAUAAUUUCCAAGAAGAAGAGGAGGUAAGUAGUUCUCCACACCGGAAUUGGCUAUUGCGAGUCUUUUCUCUGUGGCCAUUAAGCCUAUUCGGAGAUUGGGCAUACCGGCACUUCAAUUAUCUCGACAACUGGCCUACUACUGAUCAUCAAGAUUUGCACAGGUGGUUCUCUUGGCACAUGCCAUAGCAUUGUACAACUACAGCCUCAGAAGUCAAUCGUGCAUAUGGUAGUUUUCACCUUAACUCAAUCUUCUAGGCAGGUAAGCAUAGCGUUUAACCCUAUUUCCAAAACCCACAAAAAAAAAAGAGUAAAAACGAAAAUAAAAGUUCAACCUCCAUCUUGUGAAUGAGAAUGGUAUUGAAGAGGUCAGGAAUAUGGAUAGCAUUUAACAGGUAUGGAUUUGCAUACCGAACUUUUUGCUUAUUGCAACAAAUUACAAUUCUUUCCUUUCUCUCAACUCUGCAAUUACAAACUUACAAUUUAUAAGCUUUUUGUGGUAGAUAUAUUCAAAUUGUUUCUUCAGGCCAAUCAUGAGGAUGGAGAUGCUAAAAUGCAUCAUGAAAGUCACAUAAGCAAAAGAGAAGUCAAUUUGUUCCAAGUAGAUCAUGCAUCAAAGGAUCACGGGGGAGGACUUGGCCAGAGUUGAGCGUGUUAUUCCGCCUUCUACCAAACCAAAAACAAAUUCGUUUGCUCGAUUUGUAUCCCACAGCUGUUUCUGACAUUGGAGGGAGACCGAAUUCUUUGCGGGAGUCCAUAAACGAGAACAGGUCACAAGCAGAAAAGAAAUGGAAAGAAGCGGUUCCAGGGAGUAAAAUAUUUGGAAAAUUUAUUUAUGACCUCAAAAGAAACAAUAUUAUUAUGCAAUGAUCCAUGAUAAAUUAGGAUUGCACGGUCUAAAGUUUUCCAAUGGCCUAGGCAAUUAUAUACUUUUGGUAAUCUUCAAUGUACAAAUCUCAAUUUCUUUCA